UCAUCCCUAUAAACAAAAACAAUGAUGACGUUACCAAAAAUAUGUUUUAAAACUGUGAAGCGGCCGUAAAAAUGCUCAAAACUGCGACUAGCCUUUCGCUGCUAUGACCGUCUGUGUAUUAAUAACCAAUGUUUUGUGAACAACACGCACUUGCUCAAUGUAAGCACCUCCGCCUCUACCAUCGUCGCCGCCGCCGUCGCGACCUCUCCGCGGGAUUAUUUUGCUUAUAGUUUUGCUUACACAAGUGCACUUAAUUAACUCAUAUCUAUUACUUGGUACGACGCCAGCACUGUUAUCUGAUUGCCACACGUAGGUGCUUAUCAAUACAACCCACCUUCAUACAUCCAAACGAUGUGUGGGUGUAUCUAACUAUCUGACGAUUGCUCUUUUUUUGCAUACGCAGUCAGAGCUGCGGAGUCAAGCUGCCAGCAAAACCAGUUCUAGAAAUAGGCCAACAUCUCAGCUUGGCUCGGUUGCCUCAUCAUCAAGGGGAAAGUGACGCGCCUCCGGCUAAACUUAACGGCUGAGCUCCAUAAAAUGUUAUCACACUCGGCUCACGUCAUGACGCUGGCCAACAGCAUCAUUGGUGUUGGGAUCUUAGCGAUGCCUUUCUGUUUCCAGAAGUGCGGCAUCGUGCUCUCCAUCAUUCUCCUGGUGCUGAGUAACGUCAUAACCCGUGUGUGCUGCCACUACUUGAUAAAAACCUCACUUCUGACACGUCGCAAGAGUUUCGAGCUGCUCGGCCUUCACGCUUUUGGCGCUUCCGGCAAAUUGCUGGUCGAGCUGUGUAUCAUCGGGUAUCUAAUUGGGACGUGCAUCACAUAUUUCGUUGUGGUCGGAGAUCUCGGCCCACAGAUAAUUGCCAAGCUGUUCACUCUGAAUGUGGCGGACCACAUGCACCUGCGAUCUCUGGUCAUGAUAGUGGUGACCGUGGUCUGCAUUGUCCCACUGGGCAUGCUGCGGAACGUGGAUAGCUUGUCGGCCGUGUGCACCGCUUCCAUUGGCUUUUACGUCUGCCUUAUGCUGAAGAUCGUGCUAGAAGCGGAGAGCCACAUAUCGGCGAAUGACUGGACUCAGAAAGUUGUCUACUGGGAGCCGGCUGGCGUUCUACAAUGCCUGCCUAUAUUCAGCAUGGCGCUAUCCUGCCAAAUGCAGCUUUUUGAGGUCUUCGAGAGUAUCAAUAACCAGAGUCUUGAUAAGCUAAACGGCGUCGUCCGCAACGCCACUUGGAUCUGUACGCUUGUUUACAUUGCCGUCGGCUUCUUUGGCUAUGUGGCCUUCUGCACUCACACCUUUUCGGGUAACAUCUUGGUAAACUUGUCACCCUCCUUUGGCAGCGACAUUAUCAAAAUUGGCUUUGUGCUGUCUAUUGCUUUCAGCUUUCCCUUGGUCAUAUUUCCGUGCAGGGCCAGCAUCUACUCGUUACUCUAUCGAAAAGGUCAUACGGAGAGCAGCAGUUACAUACCGGAACAACGAUUUCGCCUCAUUACGAUUUUUAUCGUUGUGUUCUCGCUCUGCGUGGCGCUGGUUAUACCGUCCGUUGAGCUGAUCAUUGGCUUGGUCGGCUCCACCAUUGGCGUGGCCAUAUGCAUUAUGUUUCCCGCUUCUAGUUUCCGCAAAAUCAUCAAAAAGGAGUCGAUGGAACGCACACUGGCACAAUUUAUUUUUGUAAGCGGAUUCCUCCUGAUGAUAUUGGGCACCUAUGCCAAUUUGAAUGCCAUUGAUGAGAAAAGCUCGGGCCCAGAGCUUAAUGUCGUUCAAAUGGUGACGCCCCUAGCGCCGCUGGCUGUUGACGAGUUACCAAAGCAUUUGGCCAAGAAUCCAAACGAAAAUGAGAAGAGCUUGUUGUUGGAAAAACUGGAAGCUCAGAAAUCGGAUCCAAUAAGGGACACCAUUGGAGAGAAGAUAAUCGAGAAGCCAAAAGCUGUCCUUAGCGCUUCCUCAGACAACCCACCGAUGCCCCCACUGCCCAUUGAUGAGGCCCACGUAGCUCACGAAAAUGAAGAAGUCUUGACUGAUUCUAAAAAGUUUCCGGAAGAAGAAGUAUUGAACCCACCCGACCCAAAGCCGGAUAUAAGUAUUCCCAAAAACUUGACAGCUGUAAAGCUCAAGGAAAAUCCUUCUAUUGUCGUUGAAAGGCACCCAGCGCUAGCGACCAAUAAGGAGCCGACAAAAUUGUCAGCGAGUAAUACGAUAGACGGAGCCGCCAUCAAGAAGGAGGAGGAUGUUGCGGCAGAGGAGCAAAAAGAAAGCAAAGCAAACGCCGACGAACUGCUCAAGACGCAGAAUGAACUGAAAGAGACUAAGAAGUUGCUGGAACAAACCGUUGAUGAGCUGAAUGAAGAGCUGGCCAAACAGAAGCCUCUUGGCCACCAAUCCCCUGAUAUGCAGAAAGUGCCGGAUGACGAUAAGACCAUUAGGGAAUCAAAGAAAGAUGCAAUUAUUACCAGGGAACCCAAGCCUAAGGCUUCGUUAAUCGAAAUUCUGACGGAAAAUACUCAUCAGCGCGACGAGAAGGAGGCGCAUGCUGGUGUCUUCGAGCCUCUCUCCUACAAGACGGGGGAACUGCUCAAGAACACCAGCGUCGACACAGCAGCUCUGAUUAAACGAUUACCUAUUCCACUGGCCGCCCUGCUGCUGAAUGCGACUCAGCCAAAGGCAAACAAUACCUCAGCCAACGACUCUGUGCUCCACAAGCCCAACAUCGAUGAUAAUGUGGAGGCCAUACGCCGCGAGCUGCUGAAUCUGAGGUCGCCCAGCGAGCCGACAGAUCAGCCUCUGGCCAGAAUCAAACGGGAAGUGGCCGAGAACGAGAACUGUCUCCGCCAGCCAAAGCUAAACGAGUUGAACAGCAAUCUGGCUGCCGCAGGCUUACAUUUGCAAUUGGAAAGCAUAGGACGCGAUCUCAAGUCCAUCAAAGAUGAAGACGAAGAGACCACCACCACCCCUGUGAACGAAUCCUACGAACUCAGUCCAAACAGAACCCAAACCCCGCAUCAUACGUAGCGUAGACUCGUAAAAGUUACAGAAAGCUUUAUGUACAUAAACUUUUAACAUAUUUAUUUAGUUUGUAAGAGAAAAGUGUAGAGCCAGCAGUGGAAGCCUUAAACAAAUACAAAAUUAGAAAAGGAAAGUCAGAUUGCUUUGCCUAAUUUGUCAGUCAGUUGCUGUCCAAAUUUUUUCACCGAAAUAGCCCAAAUUUGUCCCUCCAAAAUGUCUAUAGUCUUGGAUUUUGUCCAGCGACUUGUGCUGCAAAAAGCCUAUGAACUGACCCAGUGCGCAGCAUACCGAGUGUUGGGAAAAUGCAUCAAGCUUGAAGAAGGCCCAAUCAAAAGCCAACUCGCAGAGCCACUUGUGGAAGACAGUGUGCCAGAGCUUCCUGCCGGCCCCAAGAUGUCCGAUCCUCCUGCGUUGGCCAUGAUGUCAGAGGCACCUGCGAAGCUCAUCAUGCCAGAACCUCCUGCCAAUCCCAUAAUCCCAGAACCUACUGCGAAGUUUAUGAUGGCAGAAUCUCCUGUGAAGCCCAUGAUGCCAGAUAUAGCAGAGCCGUCUCCAAGGCUAAGGCAGUCAGGGAUUAUCUGGCAGUUAUAUCAUAAUCGCGACCUUCCGCGGAACAACAGCGGCCUCAUCGAUCCGCCCCAGGUUUCCUGCAUGCGAGUGUGCCGGGACAGCUACUUCUCCUAAUCCUAACACGUCAAGCAAGUGAACUCCAAGUCAUAGAUUAAAAACAGUUUAAACUUUAAUAGAAUGGAGAUAUAGCAAAGGACGAUCCGCCACACUCGGGAUCUGGUAACGAAUCUCGCGACAUUCUGAAUUCUCGCGUAUAAUUAUCAAAUGUAACACUAAUAACAGUUUUGGUAGCAACUAA